GCAAACUUCAUUUCCCAUCAGACUCCUAAUAAGGCGGAGCUUUUUCCCCGUCACUCCUGAACAUCUCGUCAACCAUUGGCUCUUAGACGUCACGUGAUUCGAUGUAAAAAUGGCGUCUCCGAAUGGAGCUGAAGACUUUGAGUCGUCAUUGCUGAGUUUUGAAAAGCUUGAUCGAGCUUCACCUGACCUCUGGCCAGAGAAAUUGCCAGGGGUGUCAGAAUUUGCUGCCUCGUUUAAAAAUCCAAUAACGGAUUCUCCACCUAAGUGGAUGGCAGAAUUGGAGUCAGAAGACAUUGAGAUGUUAAAAGAGCUGGGAAGUCUGACCACAGCUAACCUGAUGGAAAAAGUUAAAGGGCUGCAGAAUUUGGCAUAUCAGCUGGGCUUGGAAGAGUCCAGAGAAAUGACGAGAGGGAAAUUCCUUAACAUCCUGGAGAGGCCGAAAAAAUGAAGACAGAGAGAGCCUGAUUGUGUUUGGACCUAUAUCAAGAGACUUUGUAGCAAAAUAACAGUGCCAAGUUCUGUGACCUGUAAAAGCUUAGCUGGAUAAAUUUAUUUAUAUACAGAGUUACCAGUUUAUUAGGAAAAAAUGCUGGUAUCAACCAUGAUAUCAGGCAAUCCUACCAUUUUAGGUACCAUUUAACUGCCAUCUGCCCAUUCGACUGGGAAAGACCACAGUAGGACCACUGCUGGCUAGGUUUCAUUCAACUGGGGAAGCAUUUUCAGCACAGCACUGACAGUGAGCUUGUAGUAGGGUAGUGUGUGUGUGUGUGCGCGCUGGUGUGUAAAAGGUGCAGCAGUAAUUCUGGGGUUUCUCAAUAUCACUGCUGGAAUAAGACAAAAAAAACUGCAGAUAAACAAAAAAUUCUAUAACUGUAUACUUACAACCAGCUAGUGUGUCUAAUAAAAGUGGCUGGUAAAAAAAAGUGUUUAAAUACACAAUCAGUACGGGUACUGCCUGGCACUCGUACCAACACAACACGUGCUGACAUGUCGGCAGUCCACUGCCCAUGUUCUAUCUGGUCUUACAGAGGUUCUUUACUAUUGGAGGUUUAACAACAGAUAAGAUAUAAUUAUUUACCCAGGUAGUGACCUUAUAUGGUAGGUGUACCUGAUAAAAUGGCUGAGUAACGGGCAUGGUGAACUGAUGCAAGUUCCUAUACAUGUAUUAUGUGUAAUAUAUUUUUUGAUUGUUUUUUUUUUCUUCUUUAAUUAAAUGCCUUGUUUGUUUGUCUGUUCUACGUUUAAUUCCAAACUAAAUUACUCUUGUUUUAUUUCUGGUUAACACUAUUUUAAAAAUAAAAAUUCUUUAAUUAUUGAGUUCAAAACUGCUUAAACAUUUGCUAUAACUGCCAUAGCUUGUUUUUUUACUGCCAUUUAUUCUGUUAUUUACAAAAUGUUAUAAUAGUAAGAUGUACUAAAGUAUCCGAUGACCCUCCUAAAAAAAAAUAACUUUCUCAAAACUAGGGCAGUUUAAGCAGCACCGUCAAAACAUUUUUAAUUGGGGCAAUAACUUCAUGCCUUUGCCGCUCCACAGAGUUGUCCCAUUAGGAUCCACACUAGUGUGAGGCCAUUUCUCCUGUUUAAUGUGAAUUGGAAGUUUUGAGGCCCCCGACACAAAACAUUGAGUAAAAAUAAUAUUACUCAUUGUCAUCUAUGUUAAUGAGAUUUGACAUAAUUACUAGGGCCAUUUCUUCUCUAAUUAGCACACUUCCAGGGACAGUGGAGCGAGUGGUCUCAUGGAAAAGGAAAUCAGACAGGCAUGCUGAAUGCGAAACAAAGAAUGCUUCGGCCAGUGUAAUUAGGUGAGACAAUGGGCAGGGCUGUUAUUGGCUGUAGAUGUCGAAGAGGCUUCAGCUAUGGUUGGGGUCCUCCUGCUCCUUCCAACUUGAAUAACUGAGCCUCUUCCCCUCCCUAAUACACCCCUGAUCCUUUAUGCAUUUGAGUCUGUUGCUACUGACAGAGCACCACCAUCUAACUAGGGCAUUUAAUUCAGAUUUAUCCAACAACAACUUUUUUCCUGUCACUUUUUCAAUAAUUUUGUUAAGCUCUGCUCUAAAUAGUUAAAAGAUCUUUUUUUUCCCUGACAUUUAAGGUACUUGAAAUGCAAUUAGUGACCACUUCAAUAGGAACACCUGCUAAUUCAUGCAGUCAGCCAGUCAUAAUAAUGCUACAUAAAAUCCUACAGAUACAGGUCAAAAGCUUCAAGGGAAAUAUGAUGUCUGUGAUGAUGGCAUUGUUGUCUGUGUUAGGCGGGUUGUGUAUUUCAGAAACUGCUGAUCUGGGAUUUACACAACAAUCUCUAGGCUUUAAAAAUAACUUCUGCUUCAAGGUUUGAGUAUUUUCUCUCACCAUGGUUGUAAAGAGUAGUAAAGAGUUAUAGUUAUGUAAUAACUAUAAUUUAAUAGUAAAUAGUUAUUUGAAUAGAAUUUUUUCCCCCGUACUAUUUUGUGUAAACUUAUCUGUGAAAAUGGUUUGUGAUAUUCUCAAUCCAUGCCAAACAACCAUGUCAAAGUCACUGAGAUCACAUUUUCUUUCCUCCUUCUGACAGCUCUUGGCCUGUACAUGCGUGAUUUUAUGCAUUGUGAUAAAGACAUGAAUGUACAAAUGGUAGGUGGUUGGUGAAUAUGUUUAGUUAUUUAUCUUUUCUACCAGUGUUGUCAUGUCAUAUUAAUGAUAAAUUAGUAAAUUCUAUUAAAUUCAUUCUAAACCAUUUUUGUUAUAGUAAGUGUCUGAGGGAGAGAUUUGCACUUGUUGAUUUUAAUUUCACUGUCACACCAGCAGAUGCAAUGAGCCAUGUGUGUAAAGCACUGAGACACCACGCCAAGUAUGCUGUGGUUCACACAGUGGCCUCCGGCACUAGUAGCCAGCUAUCAACAGGGUGUUGUUCAGACAGCCGCUUUAAAAUCUGACUCGUUCCCCACAGAGUGGUUGUCUCCUGAAGGGGGGAAAACCCAGAAAUCCCAGCAGAGCAACAAAUCCGCUGCCCUGACCUCACUGAGCCCCUGUGCCCUGACAAACGUCAAUCCAAUGUGCCCUCAGGCCUUUAAUUAGCUGUCAAUUAGUGCAAAUUAAUCAACUCCUUGCCUAAUUAAGCAAUGCCGACAGGCAGCUUCCAAAAACGCCAUUGUGGAAGCACCAUGAGAAAACUGAAGCUAGAAAACUCUCUCUGCUUUGUGGGGUCAUAAUACCCCUGAUAGCACACAUAGGGGAAGGGGGGAGCUCUUCGCUGAGUAUUUGUUUUUUUCCUACCGACUCAGCACAAGGUAUCUGCUGCUCUAUCUAUUGUCAGAUAAGACUGUAUAAGGCACUAAAGGUGCCAACUUUUGGUUAUUGGUUGUAAGGACCUCUAGGAUACUUAUAAGCACUUUAACAUGAGGACUCCGCUGUGAGACUUUUUAAUCAAUUAUCCAUUGUCGAACAAUUUUCAGAAUCUCACCUAGAGAGAGAGAGCUGUGCUCGAAGUGAAAUCUUUUCAACAAUCUUAUUCUUUUACAGUGUACUAUGUCUUUUGCCAGGGAACAGAGUAUAAAAGUACAAAAUACAUCCUUUAAAACAAUUCAUCACUUCUAAUAGGCCUGUGAGCCAAAUGUAGACAAAUGGCUUAGAGACCCAAUCUCUCAUUUAGAUUGCCUGACAUGAGCAUAUCAGCCUCUAGCAAUCUGUGUAUAGGGGUUGGGCUAAUGCAGCGCUCUGUCCCUAACCACAGCCCACAUCAAGCUUGUUACCUUCUAGUGACCUUCCCCAUGAGUGAACAUUCUUUCCCUACUCAGAAAGAAAAAUAGCUGUCAACUGUUUCAAAAUAUGCUCGUAAACAUGAUUGGUAUGCGAUGCGUUGUCUGCUACUGCUGAGGAUUAUUCCAACAGUCAAAGUCUGCAUUCAUGUGCUAUGGACAAGGCUCCAUUUUGCUUGUCUUCAUAUUUUAUCCAUAUUCCCAGCAGAGGCUUGUGCACUUGUGCAAAGCAGAAUAAAUUUUAAUUAUUGUCUCAACAUUUAAUGAUUGGCCUUACAAAAACUCCUUUGCAUGUGCAGCUCAAAAAUAAACUUCAUGCUGCAGUGCUUUAUGAACAGGCAAAACAUUGGGAACAAAACUAGCAAAUUAUGCAACAGCUGUUUGCCUUUUAAUCUGCAAGCCAUCAGAACUUGCAGCCUUUGAUAGGCUACCCUAUCUUCACGAAUGACUGAACUAAAUCUUUCCAUAAUCUGCAGUUUUAUCAGUCUGUCCUCUUAUGCAUGCAAAUCAGGAAGUGCCCAUUUCCCUGUGUGGAUGGUUUAUCAAAAUCUGUGAGGCUUUUUCACCCAUUUACAAUAAGCAGUAAAGCCCAGGCCAGAUUAGGACAGAAGUGUGUCUGUAAUUGACAGCAGCCUGAAUUAAUAUAUAGCUUUAACUCGACUAGAUGGUGUGGCAGUAGCAUAUCAGCAGAACAUUGAUUUCUUCAUUAACUACAAUAAAAUUUUUAUUUAAAAGCUUCUAAUUAGUUGACACGGCCCCCAUGUAAUUAUAGAUUUAACAUCUUGCUUGUUCCUUUUUUUUAAGCCUAAUUAAUAGCCAGACACGUGAAAUUUACACACGCUGUUUUUAGUCAUGUCGUGGACUUCAUUUGUAGUACAUAUGUUUUCAUGUUCAUGUAAUGACUUAGAUA